AUGCCCAUGUCAUGGACAUGUCACGAGAUCAACGUGGAGAAGGUCUGUGGCUCUGGCGACAGCUUCGUUAUCCGAAACAACGUCAGACCAAGUCCUGCAAACACAGAGAGGGCCUGCCUCCGCGGCGUCAAUCUGGGAGGCUGGCUGGUUCUGGAGAAGUGGAUGGCACCAGACCUGUUCGCAGUGGCUUCUUCAGCAGAGGACGAAUGGACCCUGCUCUCUUCCGGAGGAGCUGAGGCACGUGAAGCCGUCCGAGAGUUCAGACGGACUUUCAUCACGGAGCAGGACAUCCGAUGGCUGAAAACCGAAGGCGGAAUAGAUGCUGUGCGGCUGCCCGUUGGGUAUUGGUGCCUUGAUGAGUAUGCCAAAGGCACACCUUAUCUCUCUACACAGCACCUGGUUGACGCUUUGUUCGGCUGGGCGGAGAGGUAUGGCUUGAAAGUGCUUCUGGACCUGCACGGCAUGUCUGGCUCGCAAAACGGUGAACAUCACAGCGGCCAGAGUGGCAAAGUGAACUGGCUCGAGCCGAGGCACCGUGAGAAGAACUUAGAGAUCGUCCGUGCCGUCGCGGCGCGCUGGGGCCACCGAAAGGCUCUGCUUGGUCUCGGCCUUGGAAACGAGGUAGCGGAGAAAGAGCAAACAGUGAUGGACCGAGUCGCGUCUAUGGUUUCCUGCUUCACGCCGGAGUACCCACGGAGCUACUGGGUGGAAGUGGCCAGGUUCUAUGCCGAGGCGGCAGAGCUCGUCGAGCCUCUGCUCCACCGCGACGUCCUUUUAGUACUCGACACAUGCUGGGACAUCGACCGCUGGACCUUGGAUAAGCUUCAUGGAGUCUCCGGCCGCAUAGUGGUGGACUAUCACCACUACCAGUGCAUGACAGAUGAGGCGGGAAGCGUGGAGGAGCACCUACAGACGGAAGAGCUCUCCAAGAUCUUGGUGGAGCAAGACUUCCGGCCAUUCCCUGUGAUCCUCGGAGAGUUCUCCCUGGCACUGAAGCCCGAGGCCGAAGGCUACCAGAGUCGGAGCAACUGGCCCCAGCAAUUCUUCCAACGCCAAGUGGGCCUGGCUGAGAAACACACCUUUGGAUGGUUCUUCUGGAACUACAAGAUGGCCCGCGAGGGGUGGCCCCACUGGAGUUAUCGAGAGUCGGUGGAGAAGGGCUGGAUCGAGCCACACCGAUUCCUGAAGCAGGACAGCUAG